AUGUCCAAGCUAUCGUCGUCUUUGAAGGCGCUCAUUGCAGCGCCCUACGCGAAACCGAACACGUUACCAGCAAGUCCUCAAAUUCGAUCGGUUUAUGAGAAGUUACGACAAGAAGCAAGUUCGAAAAAUGUUGGAGUUCCGGCAUGGCUUACAUUUUCUACAGCCGCAACAAUGACGAUGAAUUCCCCAGAGUCAUUGACGGAGUUAUAUAAACUCGCGACCGAAAGCUCAGGGGACAAGAAGCAAGCCGUACAGACAGCCGAGCUUAUGAGAGAAGUUGGAUUGAAAUGUAUAGGGUUCAAUGGAGUCCCCCGAACAAUAAACUGCUUAGGCGCAUUCCGCAACAGCCUCCCCCAAGAAAUAAUCUCAUCCCUAUCAACCAAACCCUCUCGAAUCCCCUCAGAACAAAAUAUUCAAGCCAUUAUCUCACGAGGCCAAAACCUCUGGAACUCCAUCUACGCGCCCUUCUCCACCAAGUUAGAAUCAAAGUUAGCAGACUCACAUCCAGAUCUCCCAGUUCACAUUUUGAAUCACGAGUAUGGUGCUUUAUUCGCUGAUCCAUCGCAUCUUCCCGAGGGGGCGAAGGUGGGCAGGGUGUUGACCAGUAUCGUUGCGGUUGCGUGUUUGAGAUCGCAGACGGGUGUUGGGCCGCAGGUUACUAGUCAUGUGUUUGGACUGCGCAAGGCUUAUGAUGAUGGGAGUGCGAAGGCGGAAGGGGAGUCUGUUGUUGAGGGUGGUGAGUGGUUGGCGAGUGAUGAGGGUAAUAUGUGGCUGUUGAAGAGUGUAGAUUCUAUUGUUGAGGCGUUGGGUGAGGGGAAGGGUAGCACAUUUGCACCAGGGAUGGUUAAAUCGAAGCUGUAA